UGUUGACUGACAGUGAGGAAGGUUGUUUUCGCUCCUCCUCAGAGAAAUGUGAACAGAGAGACAGAGAGGAGAGACAAACGCAAACCUACAGAGAACUGAGGAUCACUGUUGUACACAGAGGAACUGAGGGAACAGAUAUAAGAGGCUGUCAGAUAUGAGUCUGGGGCCAGCCUGCAUUUUCCUAAGAGGAGCUAAAAAAAUUAAACGCCCGUUGGCUGAUGAGGAGAUAGACGAGUUACGGGAUGCAUUUAAAGAGUUUGAUAAGGAUAAGGAUGGGCUGAUUACUUGUAAAGAUCUGGGCAACCUGAUGAGAACGAUGGGCUACAUGCCCACAGAGAUGGAACUGCUUGAACUCAGUCAAAGCAUCAACAUGAACCUAGGGGGAAGAGUAGAUUUUGAGGAUUUUCUUGACCUCAUGACUCCAAAGCUGCUGGCAGAAACAGCUGGAAUGAUUGGACUGAAUGAACUAAAAGAAGCAUUUAAAGAGUUUGAUAUAGAUGGUGACGGCUCUAUUACAAAAGAAGAACUGAGGCAUGCAAUGUUAAAGUUAUUAGGUGAAACAGGAAACAAAAAGGAAAUAGAGGCAGUGGUCAGAGAAGCCGACAACAAUGGAGAUGGCACUGUUGAUUUUGAAGAGUUUGUCAAAAUGAUGUCUAAAAAUUGA